UCCAGAUUCCGAAAGAUCUGAUUAUAUUGUCCUCUAUAAUUUGGGGGCCGGCACAGUGAGAUUGUGUGAGGCUGAGAAUUGAAGGUGUUUGAAGCUGGAUUCCUGAGAGAGCUUACAAGAAUUGGGAACCGAAAAUGGCGAUUGAGGCUUGGUACAUGGAGGAGAGCGGCGAGAAUCAAAGGCUCCCUCUUCAUCUCAAUCCACCAGAGUUCGUGUCCAUGAACAAACUAGAAGAGUUGGGAGUCUUGUACUGGCGUUUGAACCCUAAGAAUUAUGAGAACGAUGAGGAGUUGCGCAAUAUUAGAGAAAGCAGGGGCUAUAACUACAUGGAUCUUCUGGAUUUGUGCCCAGAGAAAAUUGAGAAUUACGAAGAGAAGCUGAAGAACUUCUACACGGAACACAUCCAUGAGAAUGAAGAGAUACGUUACUGCUUGGAAGGCAGUGGGUACUUCGAUGUGAGGGAUAAGGAAGACCGGUGGAUUCGUAUCUGGAUUAAGGAGGGCGACAUGAUCGUUUUGCCUGCCGGGAUUUACCAUCGUUUCACCCUGGACACUGGUAACUACGUCAAGUUGAUGCGGUUGUUCGUGGGAGAGCCAGUAUGGACUCCGUUUAACCGUCCGCAAGAGGAGCAUCCGGCGAGGAAAAGCUACGUCAAGAAUUUGAUGGAGGAGAGGGUAGGCAUGCCAGUUCCCCUUGAAGCACACUAAAGCCUCGGGUUGCUCCGUAUGUGUCCCUGUAUGUCUCCAACUCCUCUGUCUGGUAUGGUGAUACUCGGCUGUAAGUUUGUGUCCCUGUUCAUUUGCCUAGCCUAGCCUGCACCCAGACACUAAGUUACUACACUACCCAUUGGCUCUCUGUCUUGUAUUUUCAUUCCAUGGCUUUAUCCAGUCCAUCAUACAUGGUUGUAAUUCUACAUAUUAAGAUUCCACUUGUAAUUAAUUUAGUAAUUUCCUCUAAAA